AUGGAGUUGCAAGGCCAGCAUGCCCUUGAAGGCCUGGAGCUUGGACCUGCAUGCGCUGAGCUCAAAGAGAUGAAGGCACUGGGCUUUGGAGCAGAGGCUUGGAGGUGCUCGGCCUUGGGCGCGACGUGGGCUUGUGCCAGGCAAGCCGGCUUUACGAGUUGGAGCUAG